GCAGGCUUGCCGCCGCCAUCUUUGUUAGGGGCAGCUGGGCCUGGCUUCUAGAGAUGCCGAAGUCGUGCGCGGCCCGGCAGUGCUGCAACCGCUACAGCAGCCGCAGGAAGCAGCUCACCUUCCACCGGUUCCCGUUCAGCCGCCCAGAGCUGCUGAAGGAAUGGGUGCUGAACAUCGGCCGGGGCAACUUCAAGCCCAAGCAGCACACAGUCAUCUGCUCCGAGCACUUCCGACCCGAGUGCUUCAGCGCCUUUGGAAACCGCAAAAACCUGAAGCAGAAUGCUGUGCCCACAGUGUUCGCCUUUCAGAAUGCCGUGCAGGUGAACACGGCACCACCUCUAAUGUCUUCAUCUCCGGCCUGCAGGGGUGCAGCCAGCAGCUGGGGCGGGCAUGGUGUUUGCAGGCUGAGAAGUGCGGUGAGGCUGGUGAGGGAGAACGCGGACCUGGCCGGCGAGGAUGCAAAUGUGGACUCUUACAAGGAGGAGGUCGUGCCUGAGGCGGGGCUGGCAGAGUGCGGCCCGGGGAGAAGGACGGACAGUGCCCUCGAAGUGCUGCCCCCGAGCGCCGGCGGCGCCGCAGAACAGGGCUUGCCGCAGAGACUGCAGGGAAUCUCGGCCCCCAGUCAGCCGGCCAGCCCCACACAGCCGUCGGAUCACAGCUACGCCCUUUUGGACUUAGAUGCCCUAAAAACAAAACUCUUCCUGACUCUGAAGGAAAAUGAAAAGCUCCGAAAGCGCUUGAAGGCCCAGAGGCUGGUGAUACAGAGGAUGUCCAGCCGCCUCCGUGCCCACAGAGCGGGGCAGCCGGGACUCCAGGCCAGGCCACGGCCGCAGCCACAGAGCCGAGCUGGGCGGCCAGGCUUUCCUGUCAGCGCCUCUGGGGCUCGGGCCGUGGACCCUGAAGUGACAGUGAGGCAGGCCAGGCCCACCACCAGCCACCUCAGGGCAGGUGCAGCCGCAUCGGCCUGGGACAGGAAGGGGACCGCGGGCAGGACAGAUUCGGUCCUCCCGGGGGGGCCGGGGGCCACCUGUCCUUCCGACGGAAGCUGGGCGGGCGUCUUCAGCACCGCGGUGUGA